CCUGGUCCUCGCUCAUUGGAGGUCUCGUGAGGUUUGCCUUGUUAGACCUGUGAGAUGGCUCCUUUCUCUGCUUGUUGCUGCGUUUUCUCACAUACAGCGCACGCUGCUUCCCUCCGAAAGGAGCCGUGCGCGAAGCAGGGAAGCUGUCGUCUUGGCUGGGAAAGGAGCGCUCCUGCACGCCAUGCCAGCUGCACGAGUCUCAUGCUGCUCCGUAGCCACUGGCAAAGCACCGCAGGCUGUGCCCAAAUGGCGGGCGGGCGGGCAAGCAGCUGGCGGUGUCUUGGAGGCUUGUGGCGUGGGAGAUGCUGCGCCCUGCGAGGGGCCGGGGCCUAACCCCAGGUGACAGAGGAAGUCCUCCUGGAAACAGUGCGGUGCCAGGAGCGCCCUGCGUGGCAGACUCCCUUGCGCCGGCGCUGCCUGGGGUCUCGGUGUUCCCAGGAGGACUCGCUCUGCGACCCGCACCCGGCUGUGGCUUGAGGAAAAUCUUGUUUUUCUAUAUUUUGCCUUCCCAAAGCAAGAGGUGUGUUACUGGGGGGGGUGUUGUAUGUGAGGAAAGGUGAUACUCGCUCCGGCAAUAUAAACCAAGGAGCUCCAAGUACUUGUGCAUGGUACAGUGAUGGGCACUAGUAAACAGCCCAAGACCACAAUGCUUGUGUCUAGAAUUAGAAUUAAACUCAUCAAAGCAUAGCUUGAAAUUACCGAGCACAGAUUUAAAGUCAAAUCGGGUUGACGAUUUUCAUUCAGCAAGACAGGAAGGUCAAACCCAGCAGCAAAAUAUCUGCCAAGUUUCCACGUUCUUAAGGAUUUCUCUGGAACGAAGCUUGCAUCAAACAGAUCCAGGUGGCUUCUAGUCUGCAAGCGUGUUGCGUCUAACUGCGUUCCAACUGAGUUGUAAUGGUUGUGGGUGUGAAAUGAUGUGCAUAGCCAUUCUUCUUUUUUGUGAAGAGUUGCAUUUGGAACCAAAGCAAAAUGGCUCGAGGACGCAAGAGCAAUAGCAUCAAUCAGAGCGACUUCACUAACAGCACCAAUCCGCAGGAUUUAGAGAGAAGACUUUUUGUCGGCAAUUUGCCCACAGACCACAUGACCCGGGAAGAAAUGGAAGAGAUAUUUUCAAAAUAUGGCAAAAUCAGGGCCCUCAGCAUGUUCCAUGGCUAUGGGUUCGUGCAGUAUGACCGUCUAGAAGACGUCCAGGCCGCUCUGGACGGUGAGAAGGGCCGCCUUUUUAAAGGGUAUAGAUUAGAUAUUAAUAAAGCAGCGGAAAGAAGAAAUAUGAAUAAGGCUUCAUCAAGGUCCAGCCCAGGACGAAGGGAGCCAUAUGUGUAUGGAGAUGGCCGGGAUGGAAGACGUGAUCGGUCCCCUCUUCGAGGGAGCCCCCGAAGAGAACCAAGGGAUAGCAGGGAUGGUAGAAACGGCCGAGAUUCCAGGGAUGCGCGCGAGAUUCGUGGGCGAGACAUGCGUGACUCCAGAGAUGCCAGAGACCACAGGGACCCCCGGGACAUGAGGGACCCUCGCGACUUCCGGGACAUGAGGGACCCUCGUGACUUCCGGGACCCCCGAGAUGUGAGGGACCCUCGUGACUUCCGGGACCCCCGAGAUGUGAGGGACCCUCGCGACUUCCGGGACCCUAUGUAUGAUCGCUACAGGGAUGUGCGGGAGCCCCGGGAACCUGUGUACAGGAGAGAGGAAUCGUAUGACCGCUACAAUCGCGUGGAAGACUACUACCGGAAGAAGGAUGACUCUUGCUAUGACCGUUACAGAGAUGACUUUGACAGACCCCCCUUGAGUUCAGAAGAGCGACUGAAACGUGAGGAGCGCCGCAGGGAGGAGCUGUACCGCCAGUAUUACGAGGAAAUCAAGCGGCGCUUUGAAGCAGAGAGGCCUGUGGACUGUUCUGUCAUAGUGGUCAAUAAGCAGACAAAGGAGUAUGCGGAGUCAGUAGGACGGAAGGUGCGGGACCUGGGCAUGGUGGUGGACCUGAUUUUCCUCAACACUGAGAUGUCGCUGUCUCAAGCCCUGGAGGACGUGAGCCGAGGCGGCUCUCCCUUUGCCAUUGUCAUCACCCAGCAGCACCAAGUUCACCGCUCUUGCACUGUCAACAUCAUGUUUGGCACACCCCAAGAACACCGCAAUAUGCCCCAAGCUGAUGCCAUGGUGCUGGUGGCAAGGAACUACGAGCGCUACAAGACAGAGUCGCGGGAGAAGGAGCGUGAAGAAAUAGCCCGGCAGGCUGCCAAGAUGGCGGAUGAGGCGAUCCUGCAGGAGCGUGAGCGGCCGCCCCCCGUGGAGGAGGGGGCACGAGGGGGGCACCCCCCUGGGAUCCAGGUGCUCCUGAACCUGCUGGCAGACAACCGCUACCUGACUGCUGAAGAGACCGACAAGGUCAUCAAUUACCUGCGAGACCGGAAGGAGAGGCUGCUCCGGGGGAGCUCUGACCCUUUGCAGGCUCCUCUCUCAAGACAGUCCCUUGGGGCCCCUUCGGGAUCCUCUCUGGCUGGCCAGUCCAGCCACUCCAGCUCCCAAGCCCAUCAGAGCACCCCAGCCCUUGCUUCUGCCAGUUCUGCUCCAGCAUCCUCUGCGAACCCCCAGCAGGAGCUGCAGGCAAAGAUUCUCAGUCUCUUCAAUAGUGGGGCGGCAGCAGCAGCCGCAGCAGCAGUGGUCAAUAGCAGCUCCGUGGUGCCCCCGGCGGCCUCGGGCGGUCCUCAGAACCCGAACUUAAACCAAUCCCAGCAGAGAAUGCAGGCCCCGGGCAGCCAGCUCCCUUCGCUCGCCGCCGCUGCCAGGAAUGCAGGCCCGCGGCCCGGAGCGCCGCAGCAGGGCCCCGCGCUCUACGGGCAGCACCAGAAUCGUCUGCCAGCCCCGAGCAACGUGGCGGCCCAAAGGCCAGUGUCUUCUGGCAUCAACUUCGACAACCCCAGCGUGCAGAAAGCCUUGGACACCCUCAUCCAGAGUGGUCCUGCGCUCUCCCACCUGCUCCAGCGGGCCCUCGGGUGGGAUUUGGGCAGUGCCCCUGGCCCACGUGCUGCUGGCAGGAUGCCUGAUGACUCUGGCCGGCUCACUUCCAAUGCACGUCCUUCUGUGAAGCCACGAGGCUUCCCGGGGGCUGGGGUGGGGAGCAGAAGGAAACGGUGAGGCAGCGCGGGCCGGCACUGCAGCGGUUGUCCCGGAUGGUUUGUGUUGUAGCGUUCUCCUCUGUGCUGUUAACAUGAGGACAUGACUUUUUAAUAAAAAGGCAGGACGAAG